GUUUCCGCGUAUAUUUAUCUGCAGGUUCAGCACAUUCUGUCUGGGUUUCACAUCCUAGUCAUUGAAUGCGAAUCUACCAGUGGGAACAUAACGCCAAGUGCUUUUAACCAGUCAGCAGCAAUCGUGAACAGAGAGGAAGACCUCACCACGCUGAACAUGACUAUCGUUAGCCUCGCCUACAAGUUGAAGGGUCAUAUAUGAGACGAUCCUAGCAUCAAUCCCGUCUGCUCAGAGUGAAGUUAGCAUCAUCAUCUGACAGGUCAAACUCAGGUGACUCAUCACCAUCUGAAGCUUCAAACACUGUCUUGUAACUGGUUGUCCGUUGUCUGACAGGCAUUACCACCAUGAGCUGUGAAAUUAAGAACGAGAAGUGUCCGUUUCAAAUACAAUGCUUAUUUCCCACGGCUGCUGAUAAACGACCUUUUACUCUUUACUUUUAUUCUCCCCAGGGACGUCAAGAACGAGUGCUUGUCUGUGCGUACAACGGACACCAUGGAUGCUAUAACAAAAACGGCUUCGAGGCCACACAUGAAGGUUAUAACAGUGUCACCAUCACAGUUCCUGACACAUUUGCAACAACCAAAGGCUCAUUUGGCUGCCAGAAAGGAGACAUUCCUAUGGUUAAAAAUUGUUUGUACAAUCCUCAAGGAAUCUGCGAUAAUAUUAGCAGCACUGAAUCUGGAACCGCUCUUGAGACGGCUACAGAAGGUGUCAACCCUACAGUUCUUGUUGGUGUGAUUCUAGGAUUAAUCACCGUCAUUGCGCUUAUCAUCUUCAUCAGCUGUCAGCUGCUCAAGAAAUACAGACCUAAGAGUUAUAGCCGUUUCAAGGAAUGUCUGACAUGCAUCGUUCCUCCACCAGUCAUCGUUAUCGAGAAAUUCCAGAACACAUUCUUGAGAAAGAACACAAAGGCUACCGUGUAAACCAAAUGACGACUGACCCUGUCUCAUUUAGCGUCAAGGGAGGCAAUAUGGAAACAAAUGACCUGAUCCAUGGGGAUGACGAACUGACCAAUUCCCAGACGGCCAACGCCGACCAGGAACACACAUCUACUGACAACGAGAACAAUGGCGAUUCUUCUGGGAAGCAGACUUUGCCUGCUCUAUUCGUCAAUAGCACAACUUCCUCAAACGCGCCUCUCCUUGAACAGUUAAUUUAACUGUUGUUCAAAUCCAUCAUAGCCUCAUCACCAGAGAGUAUAAUCUCUGGGUUUCUAUGGGGCUAACAUCCUACACACAGUUGGAAAAGAUAUUAAAAAGUAAUUCGAAGGUGGGGGGAGAGAAAGUAAAUAACACAUAAGCAAACCUGAUAUUUUGUUUGAAUAAUAAUUUAGGAACGCCUCUCUGUCUUUCGAUUUCUUUUCCUACUUUGCCUUCUGAUUUGAAGAACUGAAUGAUCUGAAUAAUUAGGCCAGAGAGACUAUUUUAAGAGAUUAUGUUGUAAAAAGUAAUGCAGACAGCAGAGAGGUAUUUUGAUGCUUAAUUUUCCCGGUGAUAAAAGAGUAAGUGAUAUAUGAGAUGCUAACGGAAGAAUGUAUUUUACCCAGAGAAAAAAAUUGUGUAACACAUCAGUAAUGGGGAAAGGACGAUACACCUAUUAUCUUGAAAAACGUUUUCUGUCAUGAUAUCAGUUCUUCUUUACAAAGAAAAUGAAACUAUCCUGAUUACUUCCUACUGCGUGUAACUAGUCACUGUUUCACAAAAGUGGUAAAGCACUUUUGAUUGUAGAAAUGACUCACUGUUUACAACCUCUUGAGAGCCUUGUUAUGGAUUGCAGAUAUCCAUCAGUAAGUUGAAGGAAGAUUUUAUUAUAUAUGUGAAUAUUUGAAAUCUUGACAUUUAGCAUAGUACAGACGAUUGUAUUCCACCACAUGAUCGUUUCUCUGCCGUCUUAAGCCUGACUUUAUCGCCUGAUAUGUGUACUUGAUAUGUUUGAGAGAACAGACUUCCUAUGGUAUCUCUCAUACAAUAUAUUAUACAGACUCUUGACCAGAGUCGUGUGCGGGCAAUAUGUAAGGUACGCUGAUGAUGAGGUUAAUCUGUAAAAAAAAGUCAGAAUCGCCUGGUUUACUGUGUGCCCCAGCUAAGAGAGUGACUGUGAUAAGAAUCCCUCAUGUCUUCUGGGUUACGUAUGUUCCAAUUACUUCCCUUAACACAUUUUUUCCUAAAAUUUCUUAUGUUUAUGCUUCCCCAAAUCCAACCCUCGUCCAUGGUCGUGGGAGGUGGAAGCGAGCAGAGUAAAGAUUUUUAUCUGAAAUGAGCGGCUAACGGGGCUCUGGUGAAAGUUCCCCUGGCCUAGAAAUCCAGGACUGGAUCACUAAAUGCUCAAAUAACAAACAGGAGAGAUGUACUAACAUAGUUUGGAGCGAGAAAGCAAAACGUAAUCCAAGGUGUAGCCUGGAAACUAAAAUGUAUGUGCAUGUAUCUUUGAAUCAAGCCCAAUGAACUGCUCUUUGCCCACUAGAGCUUGAUGAACAAGAAGCUACAAUACCAUGUAAAAAUGUGAGCAUGGCGUGUGAUUCCAGUGACAUUAAGAUCAGCAUAGAAAACGUUUCAGUGGAUUACUAGAAACUUUGGACUUAAACAUCAACGACAUGCUAUUCAAGCAAACGUCAGAGUAAAACUAUUUUUAAUUAAGAUAAUAGAACCUACGAACAGGGCAAUCUCAUACAAUACAAAAAGUUUUAUUACAAAUAUUACCUUUAUUUAACCAAUCACAUGAUUAAAUGAAAGUAGCAAUUUCCCAAAAGAUGUUUUUGUGUUAUUGCUAACACCUUAUAUUUUAUAGUAAUGUAUCUUUGCGGUUUGUUUCUUCAUUAGACUGACUUUAUCUUCUUCUACUGUGUGUAUUGUGUACUGUCUUUUUAUGGGGAAGCGCUCUGUGCAAGUGAACUCUCAUGAUUGUACAGUAUUUUGGGUCUGGUUACUACUGGCGAAAGGUGCUAUACAAAUGCAAUUAUUAUUGUAUUAAAUAUAACUGCUGUUUUUAUUGCCCAUGUAUUCUAUAGCCUGAAGCUUAGUGAUUAAGUGUUUUAUGUCUCCUAGUCUGUCACUAUUAGCUCGUGUAUUAAUGUUAUAUCUUCAGUUAGCAUAGACAGGGAAAACCGUUUUGCUUGAGAUGAAGUAGAUUUGUGUGCUGGGGUGGGUUCUAGAAGGUCAUUCAUGUUUGGUUUUUAUGCAUGUAUGUGCAUGCCAAAAUAACCAUACAUAUCAUCAUCAUCAUCAUUCCUUGCUACUCCUCGAGGAGCAUAGGGCCGCAACAACACCUCGCCAGCGGACCCGGUUUUGGGCAGC